ACGAUAGAAAAGGUGCUGAUUCGAGACUUAAGGUGAGCAACAUGGAGGAAAUCGCAUUAUAUGCACUCCAUGUCGAUGAUGAUCCAUCGCUCAACCCUUGGACGUUCAGAACCUGGUUUCUAGGCAUUGGACUUUCGUGCUUUUCAGCGGUCUUGGCUACAAUAUAUCAGUUUAAGCCUCAAGGAAUUGUUCUCUCAGCAACCUUCCUUUGCGUCAUAAGCUAUGUAUUAGCUCUAGUUCUUGAAUACAUACCAAAGUCAGGAUUCUUGGGAAGAUGGUUAAAUCCUCAUUCUUUCAAUCACAAAGAGCAUGCAGCCAUUCUCAUAAUGUCCUCAACGGCUGCGCGUUCAGCCAUGGCAGCAGAAGUAAUUGCGGUUCAGCGAUUGUGGUAUACGAAGACCCCGAAUGCCGCAGUCUGUAUCUUUCUCAUCUUCUCUUCGCAAAUCCUGGGAUACGGUGUCGCUGGAUUACUGCGAAAGAUCCUGGUUUACCCAACCAAGUUCUUCUACCCUGCCAAUUUACCGAUCAUGUCGUUGCUAGAAACUCUUCACAGGAAGAAGGUAGACACAAAGCCGCAGUUGAAACUAUUCUAUUGGGCUUUCGCUAUAAUUUUCGUCUGGGAACUAAUCCCUGAAUACAUUAUGCCAAUCUUGACUGCGGUCAGUGUAUUCUGCUUGGCCAACCAGAAGUCCCUGGUGUUUACCAACAUCUUCGGAGGAGGUAACGGAAACGAAGGUCUUGGGUUCCUGUCAUUGUGCUUUGAUUUCCAAUACAUCGGGAGUGGCGCUCUCUACUUGCCUUUAAAGACUCAAUUCAACACCAUGGUCGGCUAUUGUUUGAACAUCGCUGUAUUUCUUGGUAUAUUUUACGGCAAUAUCUGGCGGGCCAAAGAUUUUCCGUUUCUCUCACAGCUACUAUUUUCACCAGAGUCGAACUCAACAUCUUAUGUGACUUUCAACCAAACAGCUGUUUUGAACGAGCAUGGCGUCUUGGAUGAAUCGAAGCUUGCCACAACGGGCAUUCCAUACAUGGCUGCCACUUUCGCCAGUUAUGUGCUGACGCAGAAUAUGGCUAUCACAGCAACUUUGACACAUAUGUGUCUGUACCACUGGGACGAUCUGAAGUCGGCGUUUGACUUUAUGUCUCUUGCGAGCAUUAAAUCUUUAGUAAAACCAUCCACUUGGAUGUUUUGGAAGAAGGAAAGUCGGACUGAGGAAGAGACUGCCAACAUGGAUCCGCAUUACAAGCUGAUGCUUCGUUAUAAAGAUGCUCCGGAUUGGUGGUACGGGCUCGUGUUUCUGGCUUCUGGUGUUGUUGGCUUGAUCUGUAUCUACGAAGCAGAUUCCGGCAUGGCUUGGUGGGCUUUUAUAGUCUCUGUAAUCUUGGCUAGUAUAAUGAUUCUCUUCAUGGGAGCACAAUAUGGCUUGACUGGCUUUCAACUUCAUGUACAGCCCAUCAUCCAAAUGAUUGGUGCUUACUUGGAACCAGGAAGACCUUUGACGAACAUGUAUUUCACUUUGUUUGGAUACAACUCCGUUGGACAAGGCAUGCUUCUGCUUCAAGAUCUCAAACUUGGACAAUAUGCCAAGCUCUCUCCUCGAUGUACGUUUGCUAUGCAAAUGGUUGGAACAUUGGUUGGAGCUAUCCUCAACUAUGUCAUCACUUUAUCCAUUACGACAAACCAGCGAGAAAUCUUGUUAUCGAUUGAAGGUACCCAUAUUUGGUCUGGAGCAGCUCUGCAAUCCUUCAACACUCAAGCAAUCACGUGGGGAGGACUUGCCAAACAGAUGUAUAGUUGGGGAAGCACCUAUCAAUGGGUCCCGCUUGGGCUCGUGAUCGGCUUUGCAGCACCACUUCCAGGCUACUUCCUACAUCGACUUUUCCCCAAAGUUGGGUUCAACCAUCUCAACAUGUCCAUCAUUUGCUGGCACAUUGGCUGGCUUGUGACAGGAAUCAACUCUGCUAUCAUCAGCUUCUUGGCUGUUGCCUUCUGGAGUCAAUAUUAUCUCAGAAGAUACAAGCCGGAGUGGUUCUUGAAGUACAAUUAUGUGCUCUGUGCGGGGCUUGACGGAGGUACUCAGGUCAUCGUGUUCAUCAUGACGUUCGUUUUCUUUGGGGCAAGCGGGAAGCCAAUUCCUUUCCCAAACUAUUGGGGGAAUAAUGCGAAUGGGAACAUUGACUUUUGUAAGCUGAACCCAGCAAAUAGUGGAUGAUGAGAUGAAUUGGAAGUGGAUGACUUGUGGGCUGGGUAGGAGCAGAGGAUUUUUGUUCGACGGGUGUUUGGAUUGGAAAGAUUUUGAACGUAGAUUUAGAUGGUAUGAUACCAAAUAAGAGUUCAGAC